UAUUUGAAUGAACGCUAUACCACAUGUAUGUAUACGUGUCUGUUACUAAAAAGAUAGCAGAGAUUUGGCGGUAACAAUUCUUGGAAUAGGAUGGCCAAGCUAUAUAUAGGUUUAAAUACAUCCGGGUUGGGUCGAUGAUAAUGUUCAACUUACCGACGAUUGUUUAGCAGUUAGCUACUUGACUGAGUCAUGUUCCGAGCGUUGUCACCAUACGUGCUUAGGGGUGAAAGGCUAUGGAGUGGACAUAUCCAAAGAUGUACACGUCUGGUCAGCGGGUUUACAGUAAAAAGGCUUGACCAUUUUGUUAUUACUGUGAAGGAUGUAGAUGCCACUUGUGAAUUCUACUCUCGUGUUCUGGGUAUGGAGGUGUCAACAUUCAAGGGUGGGAGGAAAGCUUUGAAUUUCGGCCAACAAAAGAUUAAUAUUCACGAGCACAAGAAGGAGUUCGAACCAAAGGCAAACCUCCCAACACCAGGAUCAGCAGAUGUCUGUUUCAUCACACAAGAAACUCUGGACAAUGUCAUACAACACCUUAAGGAUUGUAAAGUAACAAUGUUGGAAGGACCAGUAGAGAGAACCGGAGCCGUUGGUCCUAUCAUGUCUGUGUAUUUCAGAGAUCCAGACAACAACCUCAUUGAGGUGUCCAACUAUCUGAAGGAGUCUUGAUUAGAGUUCAGAACUGUAUCGUGUCAACAAGCUAACGGAUGUGUCCAAUUAUCUUACGGGAUCUUGAGUUCAGAACUCUGUUAUAGUCAAAAACUUCAUAGAAGUCUCAAAUUAUUUUUAAAAAGUCGUGAUAAAAGUUCUGAAUAUUUAGAUCACUCAUAUGUCGGACAAUGUAUUCCGUUACUUUAGCUGAAUUAUGACUUCCUGACAAAAACUCUUUUUCAGGCAGGAGACGGUACUGAUCCUGUUUUUCUUCACCCUUCCUAUAUACAUAGUAAGGAUGUAGGAAAUCGCUAGACUUGGUUAUAUGUCGGAUGUUUUGUCGCUGGCAUUUGCUAACUAUUUUACUGUCUUUUAAGAUCUGCAUUUAUUUUGUAUGGACAAUUAAAAAGAUUUGUAAUA